AUGGGGCUCCCGUGGCUGCUGAUCCUGGCCCUGCUGGCAUCGGGUCGCGUGGCCUCCGGCCGAGCUGAGACGAUCGGGAACUCCGGCCAAGGUUUUCUUGAAUUUUCAGUUGGGAAAUUUAGAUACUUCCAGCUCAACAGGCCGUUCCCAGAGGAAGCCAUUCUGCGUCAUAUUUCAAGCAAUGUGACUUUUCUCACAUUCCAGAUACAUACCCAGUAUCAGAAUACCACAGUUUCUUAUUCAAGGACUGUCCUUCCUAGUUCUUCAGGAACAGGCAUCGACAAAGGACUGGUUUUCAUUCUGAGACGGGAGCAGAGUAUGUGCACUUGGUAUCUGGAGUCUGUAGGUGGAAACCCUGUCCAAAGUCUGGCCAUUCCGCUUUCCUACUCCGAAAGAGAUCCUAUCCCUGGAGGCUGUAAUUUGGAGUUUGAUUUAGAUAUUGAUCCCAACAUUUACUUGGAGUAUAAUUUCUUUGAAACGACUAUCAAAUUUGCCCCAGCAAAUCUAGGCUAUGCGAGAGAUGCACCUCCUCCACCGUGUGAUGUCGGGAUGGGCCAGGAGAGCAGGUGGAGGUUGCAGUAUGAUGUGUAUCAGUAUUUUCUGCCCGAGAAUGACCUCGCAGAAGAUGUGCUGCUGCAGCAUCUGCAGAGAAUGGCCCAAGUGUCCCGGGUGAAGGCCAAUGCUGUGAAGGUGGUUACCCUAACAGCUAAUGAUAAGACGAGUGUUUCCUUCUCCUCCCUACCUGGACAAGGGGUCAUUUAUAAUGUCAUUGUUUGGGACCCUCUCCUAAAUACGUCUGCUGCUUAUGUUCCUGCUCACACAUAUGCUUGCAGAUUUGAGGCACUGGGGGGUAGUUGUGCUUCCCUUGGAAGAGUUUCUACCAAAGUGUUCUUCACUCUUUUUGCCCUGCUUGGUCUCUUCAUUUGUUUCUUUGGACACCGAUUCUGGAAAACAGAAUUAUUCUUCAUAGGCUUUAUCUUCCUGGGAUUCUUCUUUUACGUACUGAUUACAAGACUGACCCUCAUUAAGUAUGAUGUUCGGCUGAUCCUGACGGCCACAGCUGGCAGCGUCGGCGGAGUUCUCCUGGUGGCCAUCUGGUGGCGAUUUGGGACCCUCGGGCUGUGCCUGCUGUGUGCUGGGCUCGUGCUGGGCUUCCUCGUCUCUGCAGCAGUUUUCUUCACUCCUCUGGGAAACCUAAAGGUCUUUCGUGAUGAUGGUGUGUUUUGGGUGACUUUCUCUUGUGUCACUGUGUUCAUUCCAGUGGUUUUCUUGGGCUGCCUAAGAAUACUCAACAUCUUGACCUGCGGAGUUGUUGGCUCCUACUUGAUGGUUUUGGCCAUUGACAGCUACAAGCACACAAGCCUUUCUUACAUCACUCUGAACGUUCUCAGGAGAGCACUCAGCACAGAUUUCCGCAGAGCUUUCACAAAUGUGCCUUUUCAAACUAAUGACUUUAUUAUCCUGGCAGUAUGGGGGAUGCUGGCUGUAAGCGGAAUUACAUUACAGGUACGAAGAGAAAGAGGGCGGCCGCUUUUCCCUCCUCACCCGUACAAGUUGUGGAAGCAAGAGAGAGAGCGCCGAGUAACGAACAUUCUGGAUCCCAGCUACCACAUCCCCCCACUGAGAGAAAGGCUUUAUGGCCGAUUAACCCAGAUCAAAGUGCUCUUCCAGAAGGAGCAGCCUGCAGGAGAGAGGACACCCCUGCUUCUGUAGAGGGGUGUGGGCUCGAUCAGGGGACCUCAGCUCUGGAGUUCAUGCCCAGAUGGCUUUAGCAACCUCUGGUGCAAUCCUAACAUGGUCAGGCUCGGCGUGAGAUUAUGGUGUCCUUGUUGUUACAUGGUGAGGGCACGCUAGGGAGUUAGGAUGAUUCUAAGUGAGGGAAGGAGAGAGAGACAACCACAAAGUUGGUGGUUGGGAGGCUGUUCCAACUUCUUCAGAAAUUACUUGGCUUAUAUGAUCAAUAUAUUCCAUUAAAUGCACCAAAAAUUGAAAAAUAAAAAACAGUGGUUCUCCCACUGGUGUUUCUUUUUAUAACUCCUUGAAUAAUUCUCUCCCCUGACUCUAUCUAAACUUGGGGAGCAGGAGGUACUUAAGUACUACAUUGGAUCUCGAUUUGCUUCUCUGUUUGCAGAUGUAGGGAUCUGAUACUGAGCCCCUGAAUGUCAGGAUAUAAAAGAGAAGUAAGUUUUUCCUUAUAGAAGUAAUCUGAUCACUUAGUUGCAUGUUCUUUUUUUUUUUGGUACCCGGGAUCGAACUCGGGUCCUUGCACUUGCAAGGCAGGCCACCAAACUGCUGAGCUAAAUCCCCGGCCCAGUUGCAUGUUCUUUUAAUCAACAAGGUAUCAGCACUAAACAUUUUUUAAUUAUGGUAAAAUACACAUGAAACUUACCAACUUAUUUUUAGUGUACAGCUCAGGGGGAUCCCUUUGUCUUUGCCUUUUAUUGCUUAAAAUGGUAACUUUGCAAGUAGUUAAAUUACUUAUUUGAAAAAUAGGUCAAUUCUACAUAGAAUAAUGGAAUAUUUAUGUAGAUGUUUAUUUAUAUUCCAAAUAACGGACUUGGGUUACUUUUUUCUUUCAUGGCCUUUUAAGAUAGUUAAAACUGCAUCAGAUGACAUGGAUUAUGUUUCAUUUGUAGGAAAUAAGUUGAUCCCUAAUCUUAACCAUUAACGAAAGAAAAAUUUACACUUCAUCAUCCUUUUUGCUAACGUGACUGUGUUGGCAUUAAUGUAUAAGAGUGAUCCAUUAAUGCAUAACUGCUUUCCUGUCUUUAAAGCCUGUGUGGUGUGUGUUGAAGUGAUGGAGGGAGUCAUCAAGGAUGCUGGGCAUGACCUUCUUUUAACCAGGACCAGCUUAGAUUCUGUAAGGAGAGCCCCUCCAUUGGAUACCCUUGUUUCACCGCACAAAAGACCUUGGCAGCCCUGGGCUGCAUUCCUCCUGCUCACUGCCUCAAUUCUUACCUGUCAGAGAGCUGCGCUGGGAACCGUCAGUUUCUCUGACAAGCUGAGGUCUGUUGUGGCCGAGGCAUGGGCAUUUGUGAGCUAACCAUACUUACGUGCUGCUGCUUUUUAGGGUUUCUUCAGAGCACAAAAGAUUAUUGACAUUUUACUUCACUGGAGAAACCUUUAAUUUUUGCUUUGAAAAGUGUUUUUGGGGGC